AUGUUAAAAAAUAGCUUCCACUGUGCGUUUGUCUUGGUCUAUGGUGUACAUGGUAGAGAUGAGAAGAUUCAAGUGUGGGAAGAGUUGAGUUAUAUAGCGGGGUUAUGUCAGGUUCCUUGCUGCUUUAUGGGAGACUUUAAUGAAAUAGUACAUGUGGAGGAACGGAGAGGUUCUGCUGGGUUAACACGGUCUGCGGAAGAUUUUAAGAUCUGGAUACAGGACAUGAACUUAGUGGAUCUGCCGCUCACCGACCGUAAGUUUACAUGGUUUCGCGGGCAUUCUUGUAGUCGCAUAGAUAGAGUUCUGGUCAGUCUGGAGUGGUUAGAAGAGUUCCCAGAGGCACAUCUGCGAGGUGGACCAAGGGGUUUGUCAGACCACUGCCCUUUAAUAGUGGAGGGACCGUUGGGAAGAUGGCAUAAGGCAAACUUUGGUGAAAUAGACAAGAAGAUUACAAAGUUUGAGGAAGAGAUCAAGAAGAUUGAUGAUAUGGUUAGCAAUGGAGUAUAUGAUGGUACACUGGAGGCUAGAAGAAAGGCGCUGGUUAAGUGCUGUGAGCGCUGGUAUAUGAGAAAAGAAGUUCAUUGGAAGCAGAUGUCGCGGUCUCGACACGUGAAUGAUAUGGACAAAAAUACAAGAUACUUCCACAAUAUAGCAUCAGCAAGAAGGCGGAACAAUAGAAUUGAUUCUCUGGUCAUCAACGGCAGGCUGGUUAGGAAUCAGGCUAGAAUCAAGAUUGCCAUCAGGGAGUUUUACAAGGAGUUAUAUCACUAG